CUUCCCUCGUUCUCUCUGUAGGAGUCUCUGCCGGCUCUCUUUUCAAGUCUAGCUACUCGCUUCCAUUGUUACUUUCACUCAGAAAAGAAAAUCAAAAGAAAAAACAAGGUGAAAUCAACAGAAAAAACAAGGUGAUGAGUAUUGAUUGUAAAACAAAAACGAAACCAGAAACUCUCAAGUUUCUAUGUAGUUACGGUGGUAAAAUUCUUCCUCGUUCCAGCGACGGCGUUCUCCGUUACGUUGGUGGUUUAACCAGAGUUCUGGCCGUCGACCGUUCAAUGUCCUAUGCAGAGUUGAUGGUGAAGCUAGGUGAAUUCUGUGGAUAUUCGGUGGAAUUAAGGUGUCAGUUACCAGACGGAGACUUGGAGACGUUAAUUUCUGUAAAAUCGGAGGAUGAAUUAAAGAGCUUGAUUACCGAAUUCGAUAGAUCUUGUCCUGGUUCGAAGAUUAGAGCUAUUUUGUCUCCUCCGAAAUCGCUCAAGAAAAUCUCUCCCCCGACAUCCUAUGCUUCCAGUAUCGACUUUACACCUACCAAAUCGUUUCUCAAUUAUCACCAAUCUCGCAGUUGCUCCCCUCCGAUUGGAUAUAAAGGCCGCUACUCUCCAAGCCACAGACAAGAAUCACAGUGUUAUAACCAUCACUGUUGUGAUUAUUGGCACUAAUACUAUGAACAUUAGAUUAGAAUAAUUAGAUUUAAUUUCCUAAACGCUGGAAUUCGUUGAUUUGUUCAUUUCUUAUACAAAGAAAAGAAAGAAGAUGAUGACUACGACGACGACAAAAGAGAAAAAAAUGCAUGAAUCUUUGUGUGUUUGGACUUUGAAUUAUAUAAAUCUGAGAAGUUGCUUGAAUUAUUCGAAUUCACCACCACCAAAUAUGUGGCUGCCGACAGGGUUUUAUUUAUGGCUUUUAAAACAGAUUUGCUUGUGUGCCACUGUUUUAGGCACGCAUCCAUCCAUCCCUUUGUUGGCUACGAGAGACAAAUUCAGUUUCGUGCUUAGUGCAACCUUUGACACGUACUGGUUUAGCUCGUUGUGGCUGAGGAACAAUUGGGAUUACAAAGUGGGUAUUUGCAGGUCAAGAAAUUACGGUGGGAAUCAGAAUAUCUGGUGGCGGACCACCUGAGAAGUAAUGGCUGCUGGGCAGCUUACAUUU